GAUUUCCGCAAUAGCGAGUAAUAUGGCGAAGACCUACGAUUACUUGUUUAAAUUGCUGUUAAUCGGGGACUCAGGAGUUGGGAAGACCUGUGUGUUGUUCAGAUUUUCAGAAGAUGCCUUUAAUUCGACAUUUAUCUCAACCAUUGGCAUUGACUUUAAAAUUAGAACAAUAGAAUUAGAUGGAAAGAAGAUCAAGUUACAGAUAUGGGACACGGCGGGCCAGGAGCGCUUUCGAACCAUCACAACGGCCUACUACAGAGGAGCCAUGGGUAUAAUGCUAGUGUACGACAUCACUAACGAGAAGUCCUUUGACAACAUCAAGAACUGGAUAAGGAACAUAGAGGAGCACGCCUCUGCUGAUGUGGAAAAGAUGGUUCUGGGAAACAAGUGUGACGUGAACGACAAGCGGCAGGUGUCCAAAGACCGAGGAGAGAAGCUGGCACUGGAGUAUGGCAUCAAAUUCAUGGAGACGAGUGCCAAGGCCAACAUCAAUGUGGAGAAUGCAUUUUUGACCCUUGCCAGAGACAUCAAAGCAAAGAUGGACAAGAAAUUGGAGGGGAACAGCCCCCAGGGGAGCAGUCAGGGGGUGAAGAUCACCGAGCAGCAGAAAAAGAGCAGCUUCUUCCGCUGUGCCCUCUUAUGAGGACCAUGGCCUUACUGUCUGGCCCCGCCCACCAGCCCAUCGACCCGCCCACCAGCCCCGCUCAGAGGCUGGACACAACUGGACUGUACUCGCUCGAUAUCCUCUUUUCCCUCUCUCUCUCCCUCUCUCUCUCUCUCUCUCUC